CUAACGUUUUGAGUUUUUGUUGCCUUUUUAUCAGUCUUCUUUUUAUUUCGACGUCGUUUAUUUCUUCAGUUUCAUAUUAAUUUCAUUUUUUCUCUCUAAGGAAGUUAGAUUUGAUCGAACAAAGAUGCCCAUUAUAGAAGGAAUAGGAGAUGAGGUUUUGUACACAUUCAUCGUAGUUCUCAUAUCAAUAGUCGUAGCCCUGGUCUGGAUGUCGACGUACGUCAACCCCAGAGACUACAAUUAUCUUGUGUACGUGGAUCACUACAUGUUUGACAUGGGUAGGAGGUUGUACCAGGUGGUAGGUGGCGAGCUGACUGCAUCAAACUUGGCACACCUGGACACUCCUAGAACUAACGAGGGCAGGGUGGCAUCUUCAUCUUUUCAACCGUCAGCACCUUUGGGCACACCAGAAAUGUCAUCAUCCUUAUCAUCUGAUGUUAUACCAUCCUACACUACAUCAUCAACAUCCAACCUACCCGCUUGUGAUUCAUCAUCUUCUGGUCUGCUAACAGAUACAUCCUCAUCAUCUUUUGGUCCAGUUCCAGUAAAUCAACAAAAACCAGAGAACAACACACCUUCAACAUGCUUGCACCCGAAAUCGACUGUAACACCAACCUCAUCAACUACAUCAACCACAGCAACUACUGCAACUUCAUCCGCCACGGCAACUACGAUAGACCACCAACCAUCCACAUCUAGGCAAGAUGAUGAUGUUGUGGAAAGCGCAAAUGAUUUACCACAUAAUAAUGUUUCACACCAUAAUAAUGAUGCAACUUUGAACAAUGGAAAUGAUACAACAGCCGACGACAACAUUCCUGACGGUCACAUUACUAUCAAACUCCAGUUCAUUGACGGCACACAAAGAGUCGUUCACGCCAAUCCAGAUGAAACUAUAGGGGAAUUUAAAAGGAGGAAUUUCUCGGCAGAAUUGGAUUCUCGUUCGACGGUGAGGUUCAUUAUGAGUGGGCAGGAACUGAAAAAUGAGAGCAUGUCGCUGAGGUCGUACAAGGUCAGCCACAACAUCAUCAUCCACUGCUUGAUCCUGACCAGCCAACAAGCACCCACCUCGUCCUCAACCUCAGCAGCAACCAGGCAACAACGACGUGGGGGUCUCAAUGAUAUCGGGUCCCUAGCAUUUCCUAUUUUCGGAAUGGGACUUGGGGCCCUCUGGUAUGCCCGCAUAUUUUAUAGGGGGUAUUUCAAUGGAGCGUCCACAGUAUCAUUGCUGGCUAUCACUUUUCUUUACGGUCUCUCUUUGAUAGCUUCUUUCAGGACAGCCUCACCCAGCAAUCAGAAUCAUCUCCACAGAGACUGA